AUGGCUGUCGACGCCUAUUGUGCAGGCUGCUCGCGCGAGAGCUCGCCUCUGAGCUCGCCGCCGUCAUCGCCAUGCCCUCCGUCUGACUACGAAUAUCCCUCUCCGCCCCCGUCGCAGGAUCCGUCCACCAAAGGUUCACCGCUUCCGGACGCCAUGGAGCCCGCGCGAGCCUGCGACGAUGACGGCCCUCCACGCAAGAAGAGACGCACCGCCGAACCGAAGCCACGCGUCACCCGCCAUUUGAAUCUGCAGGAGGAUGCCAUCGAUGAAACGGAACGCGAAGCUCUUGAUCUGUUGCUCAAGGUCCUGCAUAAGAAGCGCAAGAUUGUGAUGAUCGUGGGUGCAGGCAUCUCGGUCGCAGCCGGCAUUCCCGACUUUCGCUCGUCCAAGGGUCUUUUCAACACGCUCAAGCAGCAGCACAACCUCAAAUCCUCCGGCAAGGACUUGUUCGACGCCUCUGUGUACAGGGACCCCGACACCACCGCGACGUUUCACGAAAUGGUUCGGUCGCUAUCGCAUCAAGCCAAGCUGGCCAGGCCCACCGCGUUCCAUCAACUCAUCGCAACACUCGCCGACGAAGGCAGAUUACUGCGCCUGUACUCUCAAAAUGUCGAUGGGAUCGAGACGUCGCUGCAGCCGCUGGCAACCCAAAUUCCGUUGCCGCAGAAGGGGCCCUGGCCGAAAACGGUCCUACUCCACGGAGGGUUGGAGAAGAUGGUCUGUGCGAAAUGCAACGACGUGACGGAUUUCGAGCCCGAGCUUUUCCACGGCCCAAUUCCACCCCCUUGCAAGACGUGUGAAGAGGCGGAUCAAGUGCGCACUCUGCAUGCAGGAAAGAGGAGCCAUGGUAUCGGAUUGCUGCGCCCUCGCAUGGUACUUUACAACGAAAACGGCCCCGACGACGAAGCCAUCGGUUCCGUGACGACGGCAGACUUGAGAGCACGGCCUGAUGCUGUCAUUGUUGUUGGAACGACCCUAAAGGUGCCUGGGGUGAGGCGCAUUACUCGGGAGAUGGUUAAUACGGUGAGAGACCGCAAGGACGGGCUUACUGUCUGGAUCAACAACGAACCGGAGCCGAAGGGCGUGGAUCUUGAGAACUGCUGGGACUUGGUGGUGCGCGGUCCAUGUGAUGCUGUUGCCCGUCAAGCCGCUCUACGCAUCUGGAACGACAGGAGCGAGACCAUGGCCAAGUUCCUCACCGAGGAGGAGUACCGAGCUUCUAAGGAGAAGCCGAGCCCCGAGGUUCGAAUUUUGAGUUCCCCACGCAAGGAUCGUGUCCUGCAAGUGAAGGGCAUCCCCACUCCGGCGUCAAGCCCGAAGAUUCAGCCGCAGGAUCCCCCGAUCGAGGACGAAAUUACGGUGGCGUCGAGGCCAAGCACCCCGCCCAAGAAAGCCACGACUCAAAGCAAGGGCAAGGGCAAGAACUUGAGCAACGUCCCUCUUGCUGAGCGACCCAAGCCAAAAUCUACCAGUGUGAAGACGGCGCCUAAGAAGAAGGCUGCUCCGAAAAAGAAAUCAAACGCAUCCGCGAAACCUAAUGAUAAAAUCACCAAUGCGUUUAGCGUGUCGAAGCCCGCGGCGCAGAACGUGCCGGAGUUGAAAAGCAAACCGCAAAGGCGUGGGAGAAAGACGGACACGGCAAAUGGCCCCAUGGCACCAGUUUCGCCGCAGUCGGCUAAAAAUAAUACGGCGCCUCCUCACAACGACCCGCACACACCCAAGACGCUCAGCUUGGAGACGAAGCAGAUCAAGGCAGAAAGCAACGCCGAAGUGGCGACUGAAAGGGGAGGGAGUCCAAAGGAAGUGAUUACGCCAACGGGCUAUUUGCCGAAGGAUAUGAAGAGGCUCCUGCACUGA